CAAAACGUGGUCGCCCGCACUGCGAGGCAGGAGUUUUAUUAAACGGCGUACGGAAGCUAAAACUACCUAAAAAUGUCCAGCAGCAACGAUAGCGAUAGUGAUUCCGAUAUGGAAGUGAAGAAGCAGCAGGAGGAGAAACCGAAACGCAAAAAGCUACAGGACUAUCUGGAGGAGAAAGCGGCUCGGGAGGCGGCCGAGCGUGCUGAGGAAGAGCUUCGGCGGCGUCGAAAACGCGGGCUGGCGGAUGAUCAGGAAGACGAGGAUGAGGUCACCUAUCCGGUGAUCAAUCCGGCGAACUUUGUGAAAAACAAAGACAUCCGCCACAAGCGCUUCAAGCGGAUGCAGGGUUUGAAGAAGAAGGAGGAAAAAGCGGCGAAGAAAACGCGCCAGCUCGAGGGUCUUCCGGCCGCUCCGGCCCACACGAUCGAAACUCUGCGUGAGAAGGAUGAAACUACGGUCGCGAAUCUGGAGGAGCAGGACCAGGAGGAAGUGAUGAAGGAUCUGGAAACCGACGAGUUCUGCGAGUACUACCAGAAGAGCUACGCCCCGAAAGUGCUGAUCACGUACAACGCCACUCCGCAUACACGAACGCGCCAGUUUGCGUCGUUGCUCAGACGGAUGAUCCCGAACUCGGGCACGUUUAAGCGCCAAAAUACCAGGCUGAAGAAGGUGUGCCAGAGUGCGAUCCGCGAGGAGUACACCGAUAUAGUUGUGGUGAACGAGUGCAACAAAAAGCCGGAAGGAUUGCUGGUCAUCCAUCUACCCGAAGGUCCGACGGCGCACUUCAAAAUAAGCAACUUUAAAUCCAUGAAAGACCUGAAGCGGAGAGUGAAAAACAUCACCUCACACCGCCCGGAAGUGAUACUGAACAACUUCACCACUCGACUGGGUCUUACGAUUGGCCGCAUGCUCGGUUCGCUGUUUCACUACGAACCGGAAUUCCGUGGACGGCGUGCGGUCACGUUUCACAAUCAACGCGAUUACAUUUUCUUCCGACACCACCUGUACGAGUUCGACAAAAACGGCAAGCGGGUGAAGCUGCGAGAGCUGGGACCACGCUUUACUCUGAAGCUGCGCUCACUGCAGGUUGGCCUGUUCGACAACAAGUGUGGCGACUACGAAUGGAUGAUCACCAACAAGCGGCACCAGAUGGAAAGUCGACGACGAUUCUUCUUGUAAUAGAAACACCGUGGAGACAGCGAAAUGCCCGAUGUACGGCGUGCAUGUAUUCAAUAAACCUAUGCGCCUUUCUUUUUCCAAAUCAA